GUGGAUAUCGACAUAACAACAAAAUGAUCUCCAAAGUCUUCUCACUCUGUUUCCUGUUGGUCGCUGUCAACGCUGGUGCUAUCUCCUUAGUUCAUGGAGGAAUCGGAGGGAUUGGACUAGGACUUGAAGGAGGAUUAGGACUUGGUGGCGGUUUGGCGAUUGGAGGAUUAGGACAUGGAGGAGGUUUGGCGAUUGAAGGACUGGGACAUGGAGGAGGAUUAGCGAUUGAAGGACUAGGAAUCGGAGAUGGACUAGGAUUGGGAGGAGGAUUGAUAGGAGGACAUGGUAUUGCAGUUGCCAAGCAAACCGUAGUCGACUUACACGCUCCACCAAAAUACGAAUUCAAAUACGGAGUGGAAGACCAUCACACUGGCGACCAUAAACAGCAAUCGGAGGUUAGAGUUGGGGAUGUGGUGAAGGGAGAGUACUCUUUAGCCGAACCGGAUGGUACCAUACGUGUAGUUAAGUACACUGCUGAUGACCACAACGGUUUCAACGCUGUAGUUAGCAGGAUUGGACAUGCUGUGCAUCCUCAAAUCAUCUCUCAUGGUUUGGUGGGGCAUUUGUGAACGAUGGACUGAUAGUUGUUCAUUCUUAAUUAUUGCUAUAUUUCUCGGGGAAGUGUCGUAUUGAUUAUCUAGUAUCGAUACACAAUAUUUGUAUAUAUUUUGAUUAUUC